AUGGCAGAAGCUUGUUUUUCAGCGGAACAGUUCAGCUGUCCAGUGUGUCUGGAUCUACUGAGUGAUCCAGUGGCCAUUCCCUGUGGACACAGUUACUGUAUGAGCUGUAUUACAGACUGCUGGAAUCACGAGGACCUAAAGGGAAUCUACAGCUGCCCUCAGUGCAGACAGACCUUUACUCCAAGACCUGCUUUAGGUAAAAAUACUAUGCUGGCUGAUGUCGUAGAGAAACUGAAGAAGACAAAACUAAGAUCUGAUGUUCAUGCUUUAUGUUUCGCGGGACCUGGAGAUGUAGAGUGGAUCGUAAUCUGCCUUCAUCAGAGAAACAUAAAGGAGACACAAAGAGUCAUCCAGGACAGAAUCCAGCAGAGACAGAAACAUCUUCAGAAGCUAAGAGAGGCUGUGAAGUCUCAUAAGCUCUCCGCACAGACAGCAGUGGAGGACAGUAAGAGGAUCUUUACUGAACUGAUCCGCUACAUUGAGAGAAGCUGCUUUAAGUUAACACAGCUGAUCAGAGAUCAGGAAAAGACUGCAGUGAGUCGAGCUGAAGGAGUCUUGAAAAGACUGGAGCAGGAGAUUAAUGAUCUGAAGAGGAGAGAAACUGAACUGGAGCAGCUUUCAUACACAGACAAUGACAUCCAUUUCCUGCAGAGUUUUCAGUCUCUCUCUCCACCUCCUGAACCUACAGAAAGCACCAUUGUCAGUUUUCUAUGUUCUUUUGAUGGUGUGAGAGAAUCUGUCUGUCAGCUGAGACAGAAACUGCAGGAUUUCUGCCAAGAGCAGAUAACAAAGAUUUCAAACCACAACAUUGUUCCUAAGAUCCGAGAAGAGUUCCUACAAUACUCCUGUCAACUCACUCUGGAUCCAAACACAGUGAAUAAAAAUCUCAGUCUCUCCGAGAGAAACAGAAAGAUCACUUUCACUGGCACAGUCCAGCAGUAUCCUGAUCAUCCAGACAGAUUUGAUAAUUUUUUUCAGGUGUUGUGUAGAGAGAGUGUGUUUGGACGCUGUUACUGGGAGCUUGAGUGGAGCGGGGGUGAUUUUAGUUUUGUGUUUAUAUCAGUGUCAUAUAAAAACAUCAGCAGGAAGGGAGGGGGUGAUGAGUGUGGAUUUGGAUGUAAUGAUCAUUCCUGGGGGUUGUACUGCUCUUCCUCCAGUUACUCAUUCUGGCACAAUAAUAAACAGACUAUAAUCCCUGUAAAGUGCAGAUCCAGUAGAGUAGGAGUGUAUGUAGAUCACAGUACAGGAACACUGUCGUUCUACGGCAUCUCUGAUAAAAUGAGCCUCAUUCACAGAGUCUAGACCACAUUCACUGAACCUCUUUAUCCUGCAUUUAGGAUUGGUUAUAAAUCAUUUGUAAAACUAUGUGAUCUUUCAUUAUAUGCAUUUGCAGAUUCUGCACACAUCACAGAUGUGUGAAUAUAGAAACCUUCAAUCAUUAAAAAUAACUUUUAAUACCUGAAUUUUUUUUUAAUGAACUGAAUUUGACAACAUUAACAGAAGAUUAUUUCAGGUAAUAUAUUCGGGCAAUCUAUGAUUCUGGUGUAAAGGUGAGUUAAGAAUAAAUGAGAACAGUCUUUAAAAGGACAAGAACCAUUUUUAAAUUAUGGUUUUCUGUGUUGUUUUGCGGUUGUUAAAGGUUACAUAAACCAUAAAGGUGAUGUUUUCCUGUCCACUCUUCUCCAUAUAAUGAAAGUGGUGUAAGAUUAAAUGUUAGUGUUAAAAUAUACAAUCAUGAUUCUUUUUCAUUUUCAAAAAAUGUUUUCUUGUGGGAAGGCAAAUGCCUUAUGGUUCAAGCUAGAACUGACUAUUUUACCCUACUUGAAUACACACAUGGUUAAAGGUUUAAGAUAAAAGAUCAUAACUACUGCAUAACUACAUACUGUAUGUUUUACGGAGGCUUUGUUCUGACAGUCACCAACUGGCAUGUGCUUUGACAAUUGUUGCUUUUUCAAAAUAAAGCACAUAGUAUAAUUGCAUUAUUCAUGUUGAUCAAUGUUAAUUUAAAGAGAAGCUAUUACAUGGUAUUGCAAGGUCUUUCGGGGCUUUAUGGUGCACUAUUGUAACAAUGAGUAACCAGGCAGAGAGUAGAUCCAAUAGCAGUAAAAAAAAAAAAAAAGUAAUGAAAUAAACAAAGACAAGACAAACCAAGGUAAUCCACGAGCAACACGGGAACGUAAAAACAAAGACUGACACCAAACAAAGGAAACACUAGGGUUUAAAUACACUGGGAUAACAAAAGAAACAAGAAACACCUGGGGAAACUAACACGAAAAACUACAAACAUGGUACGCAAACGGGAAGUAACCUAAGUCCAAACUAACAGGGGAAAACAGAACAGAUCAUAACAGAAACCCCCCAAGGGUAGUUCUAGACACCCCACACCAACAGUCCAGGAGGGCGGUGGAGUGUAGGCAGAACAGGGGGCGGGACAAAGGGCCAUGUCCGUGUAGGGGAAGAGGGCUAGGACCGUGGUGCAGAGUCGGAUCUGGGCCGUGGUGCAGAGGCACAGGCUGGUCAGGCGUCCAGGGAGGCCAGCGAGGCGCAGGCUGGCCAGUGAGGCGCAGGCAGAGCUGGACGACUUGGAGGUGCCGGCAGGGUUGGAAGCCUGGGCGUGGCAGCUAUCUUGCCCGCAGCCUCUGGAGUGUAAGAGCAGUGCACAGCAGAGCAGCAGCCAUGACCCUCAGAGCAGACCCCAAGGGGAGAACCUCUGGAACUGGGAACACCGGCCACCGCACAGAUGCCAGAGGAGUAUCCUCCAGGUUAGCAACCAGGCACCUGUGCCUUGACACCAUCAUGCUGUCAGUGGGCUCUGGACUGGCGGCCGUCUUGCGAGCGGGCUCUGGACUGGCGGCCGUCUUGCGAGCGGGCUCUGGACUGGCCUCUGCAAACUCCGGACCAUCGCCUCCCCCUUAAAAAAAAUAUUAGAGGCGAUCUCCUCCUGAACCUCUCCCACGGUCAGAGUGGAACCAGAGCUCAGAAGAGCGUAAUCCAGAAAUUCAGCUAGCGACCCUCGAGGACCAUUAUGGAUGAGGUGUUCUUGAAGUGGUUGGUUUAAUCCAUAACAAAAAAAAGAAAAAAAUCUAUGAGGUCAAAGUCCGGGAGAUCAGAGUAAAAUGAAAUGUCCAGAAAGUGUUGAAUAUGGUCCUCAAGGGUACGGUUACCUUGCCGCAUGCGAUACUGCUGGAUCCAUUGUAGGUCGGUCUUUCUGUAACAAUGAGUAACCAGGCAGAGAGUAGAUCCAAUUGCAGUAUACCAUUUAAUGAAAAAGGGCAAGGCAAGGCAAUCCACAGGACCGUAACAACAAAGACCAACACCAAACAAAGGAAACACUAGGGUUUAAAUACACUGGGAUAACAAGGAAACAAGAAACACCUGGGGAAACUAAUUAACACGAAAAACUACAAAAGACAA